CAGCGAGGACUGCUCGCUCAAGUCCAAGUGGAUAACCAUGCCGCUCGUCGUCGUGGUUCCCUCGGCGGCGGCGCCGCUCCGGCGACCGCAGCCCUCCCGCUUUGUGCAUCCUCGUAGGAACCUUGCCCUAACCAGAACACGCUGCGCCCCUUCGCCACCAGCAGAGGCGCAGUCAGUAAAGCCGCCGAGACCGCGGCGGUACCCGAAGCAGUUCCCAGGCGAGGCGGUGGGCGUCGCCGAGGAGAUGCGGUUCGUCGCGAUGCGCCUCCGUAACCCUAAGAAAACUACUCUCAAGGACAAUACGGGGGCUGCGGAGGACGAUGGAUCGGAGGACGAUGACCAGGAGGUGAAGGAGGACAACAGCGAGCUGGAGGAGGAAGAGGAAGAGGAGGAGGAGGAGGAGGAUGAGGAGGAGGAGGACAACCACCAAGUGGCGGAGGAAGGCGAUGCGGAAGUGGAGGGGGAGUGGAUGCCCAGCAUUGAAGGCUUCGUGAGGUACCUGGUGGACAGCAAGCUUGUCUUCGACACCGUCGAGCGGGUAGUAGCCGGGUCCACGGACGUCGCCUAUGUUUACUUCAGGAAGGGUGGGUUGGAACGUUCAGCUAGCAUUGAAAAAGAUUUGGAGUGGUUCAGAGAACAAGGAUUUGAAAUUCCAGAGCCGAGUACUCAUGGAUCAACUUAUGCAUCUUAUCUCUCUGAAUUGGCUGGGAGCAAUGCCCCGGCCUUCCUUUCCCACUAUUACAAUAUUUAUUUUUCCCAUACAACUGGAGGGUUGGCCAUAGGUAAAAAGAUCUGCGACAAAAUUUUUGAAGGAAGAGUGCUAGAGUUCUACAAAUGGGACACUGAUGCAGAACUCUUACUAAAAGAUGCCAGGGAGAAGCUUAAUGAGCUUAGCAAGCACUGGUCUCGGAAGGACAGGAACUUGUGCUUGAAAGAAACUGCAAAAUGCUUCCAGUACAUGGGGCGGAUUGUGCGGUUAAUCAUUUCAUAAAGCUUCAUUGAGAACAAAGCUAUCUAUCUACAGGCAUGCUUGAUUAACCUGAAGACUGAGAAAAGCUAGAGAGAUACAGUACCUAGAGGCCUAAUGCAGUUUCAUCUUAGAGAGACUAUGUUGUAACCAGCAGCCUGGCCCGGCCCGAGAAAUGUCUUUUUGCUGUAAGAGAUGAAGCUGACGGGUGAGCACUAGUAAUAUUGGAUGUCCCAAAUAGCAGGUGCGCACUAGGUCCUUUUUCGGCGUGCAUUGUAGAGCUGAUUGUUGGAGUCAGCUGAGCAGCUUUGAUCUGUGCAAAGUUGAUGUCAGGGCAAGCCAUGCGAUCAUGCCGUCCACUCAAUGGUGCCAUGCUUGCCUUCAAAUGUAUCGGCAACAAAAAACGCAUUGCUAGUACAGGACUGCAAAAUGUUGCCUCCUCAUCUAGCAUGCCAGCUCUCCAAAUUAAGGCGCUCCUGAUAUCCUGUAUUAGUGCUUGUUCCAGCUCUGAACUCAAUAGCGUACCAACCCUGUCAGCCUAGUGUGAUGCCUACAUAGCCCAGUAAUAUGUGAACAAACUGUAUGGAUCAUUAGGGUGGUGCUUGCAAUAUGUUGUACUAGCUAGGAGUCAGGACACUGAUAGUUUAUGCUAUCUUUGUUGUCUGGUAUCAGUAUGUGCUGAAAUAUUUAUCCUCUCA